ACAGCUGAGAACGCGCGUGGAACGCCAGAGGGAAGAAACGCAGCAGAUGCACUGAGAGAGCGACACAGCAGCGCGUUACAACAUCUAUCUAUCCAUGAACACACGCUUCUGCGGCAAACAGAUGAAAGCCGAUAGAUGCCUAACGUGUUCGGUGUGUGCUGUACAGGCGAUGAUGCUUCGAUGAGGACGCCUGGUAUUUGAUUUCUCUGUCACUGAAGAGGGAAUCCGCGUUUUGUCACGGUUUUUAUUGUUGAUGUUUGGCCUCGUUUAUCAACUCCCGACUAAACGAAAGAUUCAGGGAGGAAAUCAAAUAACCAAAUUUAAAUAGCGCGGAGUGGAAGCCUUUGUCGUGAAAAUCAACUGCAGGAGCAGAAAUGUGACAUUUUCAACACGACCGUCGACCAUAUCGGGUUCUUUAAUCGAUAAAGGGUCCAUCUCUUAGACCAUCAUUUUCAAGGCAAGUACCACAGCUUAUAUCUUAUACUAAGAUGUCAUUAUUUCAUGUCGUGUUCCUGCUGCUCACCGGGCCGGGUGUGAGUUUGUCUCAAGCUGAGCAGCCAACAGUCCCAUUUGGCUGCAGUUUUGGAAUUCCAAGACCAUACACUCUCUUAUGUGACCUGGAUGCUAUGUGGGGGGUGGUGGUGGAGGUCGUAGCAGUGGCUGGUGUGUUCGCUGCCAUUUUACUGUUGAUAGUGUUACUUUGUCGCCUGCACUCAGUGACUGAGGCACCAAAGCGAAGUGGCAUUGGUCCAAUUCUCUUACUGUUAACGGGCAUUAUCGGGCUGUUUGGGCUUAGCUUUGCAUACCUUAUUGAGCAUAACGAGAGCAUUUGUGUGGUGCGACGUGCCCUCUGGGGUUUGUUUUUUUCCCUCUGCUUUGCCUGCAUGUUAGCACAGGGCUUGAGGCUGCGCAGGCUUGCACGUGAGUCUCGUAGCCCAGGCGGGUGUGCCCUCGUUGGACUAGUGCUAGGGUUAACAGCAGUACAAGGUAUUAUUGCUGCAGAGUGGCUUCUUCUUACAGUGCUGCGGGAGGGUAAUCCGGCUUGCGACUAUAAGCAACUGGACUUUGCACUCGCUUGUGCCUAUGUGGUUGCACUCCUGCUGUCUGCCCUAGUAACUGCAACAUUAGCACUGUGUGGGAAGGCACGACAAUGGCACUGUAAUGUUGUGUGGCUUCUAGUCUCCUGCUUGCUGUCCAUUCUCCUGUGGGUGGCUUGGGUUGGCUUCUACGUCUAUGGGAACAAAGUACUUGAGAAGUCUCCAGACUGGGAUGAUCCAGCAUUGGCUGUGGCCCUGGUAGCACAGGGUUGGUUGUUAUUGCUGUGCCAUGCUGCUCCUGAAGCCCAUGCCUGUCUUCGAUCACCACCUCAGCCUUCAGCUCCAGACUAUUUUGAUACAUCUCAGAAUUCAUCACGCAUGAGAGAGGCCAGCCUUGAUGAGGAUAUCCCACUUUCGCACAGGCAGUUUGUAGAGAAUCAGGGAUAUGCAUUUGAUGAAAAUGCUGCAGGAUUAAGAAGUGGUAGCCAUCAUAACGGCAACACAGGAGCCAGACCCAGUGCACCCUUCAGAAGUAACGUCUACCAACCUACUGAGAUGACCAUGAUACUAAAUGGAGGAGCAGUUCCAUCCGCACCUCCCACAUACACAGGAAGACAGCUUUGGUAAAGGAGUCUGGGAGAAGGGUGAAUGGAAAAGAGGUGUAAGCUCCUGCACUGUAAAAGAAAAAAAAUCUCUGGAGUGAAUGCGGACUUACAGUUAGGAACAACAGUAAAAGCCUCCAGUGAGACUAAAAUAAAGGACUUGUUGAUGGUGUGUGUGUGUGUGUGAGAGAGAGCAAUUUGACGAGCAUGAUAGAAGGAUGUUAAAAUUCUUCACCAUCAAUAGCUGUAGUGAUUUGGAGUUAGUGUACUGGUAAAAGUAUUUAUGCAGUUUCACACAUUUCUCCAUUAAUUCAGCUUUUCAUUCCAGCAGUAUUUUCAUUUCAUCACCAUCUCAGAUACACGUGAAUUUCAGAUUUCACCUUGAAGUCAAAUUGGGCUCUGUAUGUUACAUUUACAAGAAUUUGCAGAUCUGUCUGUACUGCAGUUGUGAUUGUGCAGUAAAACUUGAACAUUUUAUCAUUCUGUGAGAACUAGAUACAGUACUUGGAUUUCUCUGGUCAAAGUAUUUUCAAUUUUGUGAGUUGUCUGUGUAUGAAUGACUGGCGUGCGUGCAACUGUAGCGCCAAUCCCCAUGCAACAUGCUGCGACAAAUCUUUAGCGUUCUUCUAUGGACUUUUUUAGCUCAAAUCUCACUCUGGGCUGUAUUUUUAUACAUCAAAUUGCUCUUGUAUUUUGCCACCUGAGCCACGAAAUAUUUAAUCAGUUUUGAGCUCUGCUCUGUUUAACAGUUAAACAAUUAACCUUCAGAUACCUAGAUCCCAGUGGAAAUAACUGAUGCAGAGCAAAUGAGGGAGGUGAGGACAAGGGUUAGGUUUGCUAGUCUGAAUUGUGAUUUAAAUCUGCUCUAAGUGGCACAUACACACUGUAAGAUUUGGGAGUAAUGUGGGAAUAAAUAUGUUACCCACAUAAGUUACAGUGCUUGAUAACUAUAUCACUGUUAAUAGGUUUAUUUUGUUUUGCUAACUUUAAUACAUUUGUGUGUGUGUUUGUGUGUUAACAAUUUUUCACCUGACUAACAAGUAGGAAUUUUAUGGUUUAGUCAAUGGGGUCCAGAGAUUUUAAGCUUAAAAAGGAAAUCAAAAUAAAGUAAUCCAGAAAUUUGAUUUAAAUAAUUGGAAUUGUAUGGAUUACUGUGAAACGUUUAAAUUCACAUAGAGUUUUAUUUUAUGUACAAAAAGAGGUGAACUAUAUUUUGCUGUGAAGAUGAGUAAAUGAUGACAGAAUUUUGUUUUUUGGGUGAACUGGCACUGAAUAGAGUGACGACUGCAGUAUAUACAUGUCCACAGUUUAAGAGAUCAGAGAGCUGUUAUUUGUUUCAGACGGGUCUCUGUUUUUUUCCUCUCUGAGAGUGAUAAUGUGCUUAACAAGCUGUUUUCUGAAACUGUUUCUGUCAUUGAUGUUUGCUCCUUAUACUGUGAUGUGAAGGAAGGGAGUUGUUGAGAAUAACUAUGAUUUCCUUUAUAUAGUUAUGCAUACAGAGUCCUAAACCACAUCACACAAACAGAUUUAUAUAUAUAUUACAGUUCAGUAUUAGGCUGUUUUCACAAAACCAAGGGUUAACAUUUGGUUGAUUUCUCAGUCCAAUUCCGAGUUUGAUUCCACCCUCCUUUCCUGGUUAUACAAGGUAUAAAAGACAAAUAAUAUGCUGCCAUUAAUAACAGUUAUACUCUGAGAAUGCAAAGAUGUAAAUUACACCUCAUCAAUAGCAGUUUACGUCCAUAAAAUUGUGAUGGAUUGCUGGAGUCUAUCUGAACCAAGUACAGAUUUGGAGUUGGGGUUCUUUAAAGGUCUUUUUGCUAACAGUUUUAGGUUCAUUGUAGAAAGCAGUUUAUCUUAACAUGGUAUCAAGUCUAAACCCUCAAUAACUAACCACAGGGUGACUAGGACUGAGUGAGUAAGCGAAUAUACAUGUGUGCAUUUAACCCAAAGAACAAAGGCCUAAAAU